AUUUAGGCCUUAAACAGAGCUCGGGUACAGAUCGAUUUUUAUUAUUUGCUCUUGCUCAACUGUGCUUAACCUCAUUCCGUGGGGAUUGGUCACAUGUGUUUCCUUAUUAAAAGGGUAAGCUGAUAUCUAUGGUGUGACGAGGUUGGUUUUGUGUUCGGCGUUGUUUCAUCCUGCUGCAUCUACCUCGGUAUAGCCCAACGAGGACAUCUGGUUAACCGAUAAGCAGUAUUUCAAAUUUGGAUACGGGCAACACAAGCGGGGUAACCUUGAUCAUCUCCAGUUUUGAAUGUGACUUAAGGAUAAACGUGACAACCCCUUUCAAGACUCGAUACGAUAGUGUAGGUGGUGUUGCCAAUCUUUAAGCCGUCGGGACACUGUCAACGACUUUUUCAAGGGUAUUCAACGGGGAGAGGUGUCUUCUGGACAGGGAGCGAGUGUCGAGAUUUCCAGGUAAAAUUUGGUUGCCAUCUGCAGUGCCGGACCACUUAAGAAUUCUGUUUACCUGAUAGAAUCGAGGAUGACGUGAAUGGAGGCCGUAAAUGGUGAGGUAGUGGAAUACAGGGACAAGCCACACAGUGCCUAAGAAUUGAUUUUGAACGUAUAUGGAGGCAAGAUUACCUGGGUUGAGGGAUCGAAGGAUAUGAUCUCACAAAGGACGGACUAUAGAAAAACUAUUUCAUCACUGUAAUAUUUCUCAUUCGUCAUGACUGCUGAAAAAUCCGAACAACCCAAGAAGUCCGAGAAGUCUGAGAGUGAGGCGGCAAACUUGAUCAAGAGGAACCGACAAGAAUGCGCCUGCCCGUGUUACUGUUUGCCAAAGCGCUACAUCAUCGUAGCGUUGUGUUUCUUUGGUAUGUUCGUGAUCCAUGCCAUGAGAGUCAAUGUGGCCGUUGCCGUGGUCACCAUCUUGGAUGCUGAGGCACAUCUAAAAGUGGGAUCGAAAAAGGCUCAGUUGACGCCAACCAAUACAACAAAUUCAACUCUACCUCAAGUCAACUGGGACUCCCGGAUGGUCGGUUUCCUCCAUAGCAUUUUCUACAUUGGCUUUCUGAUCACCCAAAUCCCGGGAGGAUUCCUUGCAACAAAAUGUCCAGGUCACAAGAUCUACGGGGCGUGCAUCCUGACCUCCGCGUCACUGAAUCUCUUGCUUCCGGUUGGAAUAUCCGAGGUCGGGUAUGAGUUCACUUGCGCUGUUAGGUUUCUACAAGGCCUCAGUGAGGGUUUUAGCUUCCCAGCUCUCUACUGUAUACUACGUCACUGGAUCACGCCCUCUGGGCUGAGCAGUAUGGCCUCAAUGACCGUGACUGGGGUAUACGCUGGCGCCAUCUUCGGGUUUCCCAUAUCAGGGUUCAUCACACAUUACACGGGAUGGCAAUACGUCUUCUAUAUAUUUGGUGGAAUCGGAAUCGUAUGGUUUCUAUUCUGGCUGAUGCUGGCGUAUGAGAGGCCAGCAUAUCAUCCUUAUAUAACUCCAGAAGAACUGAGCUACAUUGAGACGAGUCAGGGCGAGACCGCGAUUGUAUAUCAGGACGAGAAGAUUCCAUGGCGUGCCAUCCUCACCUCAGUGCCGGUCUUCGCUCUCUGCGUCGCCCACUUCGCUCGAAGUUGGAUGUUCUUCCUUCUUCUCACAAACGAGCCAACCUAUUUAAACGUUUUCGGUUACAGCAUAGCACAGAACGGUGUCUUAUCCGCCAUACCUCAUGUCAUCAUGGUGAUCAUGUCCGGCAUGAGUGGUCACAUUGCUGAUUGGUUAAUACGAAAUCCAAUGUUGUCUACCACUCAAGUUAGAAGGCUGCUCACGUGCGUGGGUUUCGGUGUUGAGGGGUCGUGCUGUUUAUUCCUUUCAUUUAUAGAGAAUGGAAACUUAGCCAUGAUCUUCUUAUCAGUCGGUGUGGGAUUCAGUGGGAUCUGCACAUCAGGUUGGCAGAUCAACCACUUGGACAUCGCCCCACGGUAUGCCAGUGUCUUAAUUGGGUUGUCUACGGCAUUCGGGACAAUAGGGGGUAUCAUGGCUCCGCUUAUUGUCGGCCUUAUUACUUAUAAGCAGGGAGAACUUUUUAAGUUAAUGCCGAAUGACCCCGACGUCCGCCGCGGGACGAUCUUUACGUGGCAGAUGUCCUGGCUCCUGACUGGUCUAGUCUUAUUUCUGGGAGCGAUAUUUUAUGGGCUCUUUGGAUCAGGCGAAAAACAGAGCUGGGCUGUGCCAUCUCCGGGUUCGGUAAAGAUAGCUUCACCAGUGAAUCCAGUGGCCACUCCUCCUUACUCUACGGUUAAGGCCCAAGUUGGAGAGGACGACCCGAAGGCGGAGAGCUCGGGAGACGAGAAGACACCCAUUGCAAAUGGCGUUGAGGCUGACGGGUCGAGGAAACGCUACGGAUCAAAUAAGACCGAAUAAAGUGGCAUGUUGUAUUUCACACCAAGUCGAAUCGUGUUGGAUUCCCCCCCAAAAUGCCGUUACUUAGAAAUGGACAGAUAUCGGUCUAUCCAGUGGUUUCAAUAAUGCUCCCACCGUCAUAUGACGGAGGUCUGGAGUAAAGAAAGCCUAAAUCUCAAGAUGUCAUGACUGUCGGGGUCGGCGUAAUGCAGUAGCCUCAUGUAGUAAUCAUCGUAAUGUAUUUUGUCCUUGAUUGGUCAUCCCAGAUUUCAGGGAGCUGUGACAAAGAUGCGCCAGGACUUUGGUUGUGGUGAUUGUUGUCACAUGUCAGAGGGGAACGUGCAAUCCAGCCCUGUGGUUCUCAAAAAGCUUAGUAUCAAAUGAAUGUGUAAUAGUGUGCUACUCAAUUUGUCGUUCGUAAGGGUUGCAAAACCUUCUUGGUCUCUCUGUGAUGGUAGCGUGGUGUACAAUAUCGUUUAUGUAUCGGGAUCUGAUUGUACACAGCGUCUUGACAUUCAGGAUGCCGAAAUAAUUUCGGGUUGAGGACGUAUGGACGCCAAUAAACAGCGGAGGAGAGAUCUACCUAACGCAAGUGUUCAUAAAACACUUUUGUAGCGAUCCCCGGAUGACCGGUGAAGAGAAAAUCACAAGUGGUAAGAAUAGCAUUCCGCGACGUUACUAUUUAUAGCUCACAAGGUCAUUUGAAUAAGAUAUUGAUGACGUUUUAGUCACGUGACAGUCGGACAUCGACACUUAUUUCUACGCAUUUGAGCUUAUUUCAAAGUCAAUUAUCUUUGACCCUGCAUUGUUUUUAGCAUGAAUGAUACCAUAGAGUCAGAGAGAGAAAUAUUUAGAACAAUUAUGUAGUAUUUACAACACUCGGACAUGUGGCAGAUUGAAUCUAACUGCCCCAGUUAGAAAGCCUGAAUCCAUUACGAAACCGCAUAUUGCCUGUAAUUCAGCGAUGGGGAAAUAGAGGGCAGCAGCUGCAGUGACGUCAUCUUCGCGGAAUGCUAUUGGCCCAAAUCACCCCCAUAUAUAUCCAUAGCGAAAGGGGUGUUUGGGAUAUGAGGCAACACAGAGGGUCACUUUGCACAUCAUUUUGAGGUCUUUGACAACCUUUAUCAAUUGCAAAGCGAGGGGGAGGCAACUGUUAUGUAGAUUGCAGACAGAUAUAUUUUCAUACAAAACUUUUAAAAUGAAUAAAAAAAUGUGUAACUCUUUUGGUGUGUUAUAGGCUGUACAGUGUUUGCUUUUCGUCUUGUGCCAAAUAAAAAUGAUAUGCCAAAACAUUGAGGC